AUGUCGCGGCGACCGUCGCAGCUGUCUGAACGUGCGACUGAACCACCACUGAGCGCGUCUGGAGAGCUCGAGGGAGAGGAGGCGAUGAUGGACGAAGGCGAGGAGGUCGGAUACGCCUCGUCGACGCCGACGUCCACUCUGACGUGGAUCAGCUGGUUCUGCUCGCUGCCCGGCCAUGACUACUUCUGCGAGGUCGCGGAGGACUUUAUCGAGGAUGACUUCAACUUGACAGGCUUGAACGCUAUGGUCCCGUUUUGGAAGGAGGCUAUGGAGAUGGUCCUCGACGUCGAUCCCGACGAAGACUCGGCCAGGGUACCCGAUGUAUCCAUCGUCGAAGCAUCCGCCGAGCUACUCUAUGGACUGGUCCACCAGCGAUACAUCCUCACACGCGCAGGACUGCAGGCCAUGGCGGAGAAGUACGAUCAGGGCGUGUUUGGCGCUUGUCCCCGCGUGUACUGCAACGGCUGCAAUGUCGUACCCUGCGGACGCUCGGACUUGCCUGGACUGGAUACUGUCAAGCUCUACUGCCCGAAUUGUAACGAUAUUUACGUGCCACCAAGCAGCCGCUUCCAGGGUGUUGAUGGUGCAUUCUUCGGCACGACCUUUGCCCACCUAUUCUUCCACAGUUACCGCGACCUCCUCCCCGCACCCUUCUACAAGCCGACACCCGGCACCCCCAGCGGCGCCGAUAGCCCCAUCAGCCCCGCGUCUGAAGCCGACUCGCAGAUACAGAACCCGAAUGCAUACGGUGGCCAGAAACGCCCUGCGCCGGGCGUGUAUGUACCCAAGAUCUUCGGAUUCCGCGUCAACGAGCGCGCGAAGAACGGGCCGAGGAUGCAGUGGAUGAGGAUGAGGCCAAGCUCCCCGACUGAGCUCGACAAGGUUGACUAUAGGGGGCGAUGGAUCGAUGAUGGCAUCUCGGACGACGAGGACGAUGCGGAGGGAGAGGACGACAGGCCCAUGGAGGACUUUGAUCCUGAUAACGGGGAGGACGUCGAUGACGACGAGGAAGAGGAGGAGGAAGACGCUCAGGCCGCUCCGCAGGCUAAGCACGCACCCAGUGGCUCUUCCAAGCAGUUUACUCCAGCCCAAACGGCGGCGUUGUACGCGGCAAAGGGCUCGAACGCGAAGGUCAAGGUCGUCCGCCAAUCAGGCGGCCGUAUCUAA